AUGAAAAAAAUUUUACUAGCUAUAAUUUUAUCACUUCUUGUUAUUAAUUAUGGUGAUUCAUAUAAAAUAUUAUCUGUAGUACCACAUUUUGGUGGUAGUCAUGUAAAAUUUAUGGGAAAAGUUGCUGAUAUUCUUGUUCGAGGAGGUCAUGAAGUUACAGCUCUUAUGAUACCACUUGAACCAGAUCUUAAAAUGGUUGGUACAAAACUUGCUAAAAUAAUAAAUAUAGAAAAAAAUAAUGAAACAAUGAAGUUGGUUGAACAAUUUUUUAAAAGUAAAAAUGUAUGGGAAAGUGGAAUUAAAGAUAUUAUUAAUGCUAGAUCACUUGUUAAAAAUUUUGUUUUAUCAUCUAAAACUAAUUGUAGGGGUGUAAUAACAAAUUCAUCACUUAUUGAAUAUUUAAAAAAUGAAAAAUUUGAUUUAGCUAUAACACAACAUAUAGAUUUUUGUGCUUUUGGUCUUUUUAAAUUAUUAGAUAUUCCAGCACAUGUAAGUUUAUUUGCUGGUGGACUUAUGCCUUCACAUUUCAAAAGAUUUGGUCUUACAUUUCCUUUAGCACAACUACCUGAUAUAACUUUAGGUGUUAAUGAUAAAGAAAUGACAUUUUUUAAUAGACUUAAAAAUAUUUUUUCAUUUAUGAUGCUUGAAAUGUAUAGUAAUAAUAUGAUGUCUGGAAUAGAAGAAGUUUUUAAUGAAGAAUUUGGUGAUGGUUAUGUAGAUAUAAAACAACAACUUCGUGAUGCAACAUUUCAUAUCUCUAAUUCAGAUCCUUUUGUUGAUCUUGCAUAUCCUACUUUAAGUAAAAUAGUUCAAAUAGGUGGUUUUUCUAUUCCUAAACCUAAUGCAUUAAACAAAGAAUGGGAUUCAUUAUUAUCAAAAAGAAAAAAAAAUGUAUUAAUAUCAUUUGGAAGUAUAGCAAAAAGUGUAUUAAUGCCAAAAGAAUAUAAAGAAGGAUUAAUUGAAACUAUUAAACAAUUUCCAGAUAUUACAUUUAUUUGGAAAUAUGAAAAUCCAGAAGAUGGUUUUGCAAAGGACAUUGAAAAUGUAUAUUUAAAUAAAUGGGUUCCACAGACAGAUUUACUUAAUGAUCCAAGAUUAUCAGUAUUUAUUACUCAUGGUGGUUUAAACAGUUUAUCUGAAUCAGCACACUAUGGAAUGCCUUUAAUUGUAAUUCCAUUAUUUGCUGAUCAACCUAGAAAUGCUAAAAUUAUUGAAAAAUUAGGAUUCGGAAAAAUACUUGAAAAACAUAAUCUUAAAAGUCCUGAAAUAAUUAAAAAAACUAUAGAAGAUAUGCUUGAGGAUAACAAUAUUUAUAGGGAGACGGCAAAAAAUAUUAAAGAAAUGAUAAAAAAUAGACCCUAUAAUCAGACGGAUAUUUUUAUUAAACAUAUAGAAUUUGCCGCAAAAUUUAAAAAACUUCCUAAUUUAAAUAUGGAAGGUCAUCAAAUAAGUAUUUUCCAAUAUGCUCUACUUGAUGUUAUAUUAUUUUUAAUAUUUAUUAUAGUAUUAAUUUUAUCAAUAAUUUUUUAUGGAAUAUACAGUAUAUACAAAUGUAUAAGAAGAAAAGUUUGUGUUAAAUGUAAAAAUAAGAAAGAAUAA